GAAAUGAUGAUGAAGAUGCUCGUAGAGGCACACUGAUGUACAGGCCUGCAGCAGCAGCAACACAACCACCAGUGUGUUGUUGUUGUUGUGUGUAUUAAGCCUGAUGUGGGUCCGCUGCACCGUGUGUUCAGCAGCUUCCCACCGAGCGGGCGGAGCUAACGAAGCAGAGAUGGAGGGAUGAUGAUGAGGAGGAGGAGAAGCAGGUGGAGACCGAGGGGACGCACUCUGCGCAGGGACCAACAACAGGAAGCUGAACACGAGACGUCUGUGAACCGCUACCUUCCCCGCGGUGCCGGGUUUUCUGUGUCGAUCGAGGAGGCCAGGAGGACGCAGGUUUGAUUCCCGGUGACAGGCUCCGUCUGCAAUCCGCCCUCCUGCAGCUAGAGGAUGGCGGCGAUGUGAUGCUCCAUCGCCGGGUCCAUGGCCCGAGGCUUCUCCCCUGAAACCUGAUAUUAUGCGGGGGACAAGGGGCGCUGCACGGAUUACAGGGGAACAAAGCACCGGUUCAGAAAGAGCUCUGCAAACUGGCAGUAUCACCCAACUAUGGUCGACCCCUCGGAGGCUGAGGAGCAGAACAAGUGUAAAGGUCCACAGCUCGAGACGCCGGCUGUGGCCCCUGAACACCCCCGACUGCCGGAAGAAGCCGACGGCACAACAACAGAAGAGGAUGGAGAUGCUGGUUUCGAGACGCCGCCCACCGGCAGCUCUGAGCCGAGCCCCUGCCACGCUGCCUCUCAGGGGGCGACGCCUCAGCAGCCACCGACUCAGACCGACCCGUCGCCCAAGCUGCACCUGGACCUGUACAACUUUGACUCGCCGGUUGCAGAAGGCAGCCGCUACGUGCUGACGAGCCCCCGCUCUCUGGAGGCAUGUGCUCGCUGUGGGGUCAAACCUGUGGAGAUGCUGGCCCGCCCGCUUGGCGACUUCGCCCGAGAGGCUCCCGGCCGCUCCAUGCGCGUCGCUGCAGGGAUGUUUGAGGUCUACGAGAGGGACAGGCACGCCAAACUGAGGCAGUGCCGUGAGGAGAGGGAGAGGAUCGUCCGGGAGGAGAAGAGAAGGGUUCAGCAGGCGACAGUCAACGGCAGCAGCAGCGUGUCAUCCUCCUCUUUGGAUAAAUCCUCCUCUGGCUCCAGUCAGCCUCCUAAAUCUGGGCCUGCCGUGACCUCCAGCUCAGCCCUCGAUGCUAGAGCCUCCUCCAGAGCAGCAGGUCCAGCCUCCAAACCAGGUCCAGAUGUUUUACCUAAAGCCUCCAGUCAUAGCACCCCCUCUAAACCUGCCCAAGCAAAGUCUCCUCUAUCCCUCAAAAAUGGUUCUUCGCCAUCAUCCAAGAGUUUCCAAGGAUCUGCCAAACUUCCUUCGUCCUCCUCAGCCGAAAAAGUAAAAACCACGCGGCCUCUCUCGUCCGGUCCGCCACCUGUAGUCAGGAAGUCCUCCGGUGGUAAAUCCUCAAACACUUUCCCCAGAUCAACACCAAAACCGCCUUCUUUCCCCAGAGCCAACUCCACUUUAGCAUCCUCGGUGUCAAAGCCUGCAGGUCAGGGCUCUGGGGCGCCUCCUAAUGGUGUAACAGGAGCAGCGAUCUCUCAGCACAACGGACAUCAUGGAUCUCAAUCCAAGGGGAAAGUAAAAAGCCAUUCAAUGGAGUCCUUACAGCGAAGGAUGGAUCCUGUCUGCUGCUCCACCUCCACCACCACCACCAACACCACCACCACAUGCACCUCUUCAGAGUCCGGGGCUUCCUCCUCUUACAGUUGGGACGGAGCACGAGAUCACUGGGCGAAAUUCUCCAGCCCCCGCGCUCGCACCAUGGCGACCUUCAACUCCCUGAUGGGUCGCAGCCUCAGCCUGGGCGACCUGAGCCACUCCCUCCAGACGACCCAGAAGGUGGAGCGCAUAGUGAGGGAGGUGGGGCGUCGAGGCCUGAAGGCCGUGUCCGAGCGCGACCGCAAAAUCGCCGCCUUGAUGCUCGCCAGAUUCCAGGAGGAAGACAUCAUGAGUCAGACCCGCUACGUGGCUCACCUCCAGUGGGACAGCGAGCGCAGGAUGGACGAGCUCCGGCGAGAGCAGGAGGACAGGGAGAAGCAGCGCGCCGUGCUCCAGUGCCAGCGAGUGUGGCAGACACAGGUGUCCAUCCGCCAGCGGAGACUGAGCCAACAGGAACGCCAGUCGUCAGCCGCCAAGAUGCGUCAGGCCGAGGAGAGCGAGGAGCGAUGGAGGGAGCUGGCCGAGCAGCAGGAGCGCAGCCGGCUGCUGAGGCUGCAGCAGGCGGCACGAGAGGGGAAGCAUAAGAAAGUUCUACAAGAACAGAACCUGAAGGCGCUGGAGGAGGAGAGGGCGGCCAUGCUGGAGCAGGAGAGGCUGCUGCUGAAGGAGAAGCUCACCAUGGCCGAGCUGAAGAGGCAAGAGAAGGAGCACCAGGCCCAGGAGGAGAGACUGGGUCUGAACAAGGCAGAGAAGAGACGUCACGCCGCCCUGAUACAGGAAAUCGCUCGCCGGGAACAGGAGGAGAGGGAGGAGGCGAGGAGGGCAGCGGAGGAGAAGCUCAGUCGCUCCCUGGAGAAUUACGAACAGAUAGUGGAGCGUCGAGGGCAGGAGCUGAGGGAAAAGGCCAAGCGUGAGGAGAAGCAGAUCCAGAAAGCACGCAAGGCUGCAGAGAAGCGUGAGAUGCAGCAGCAGCAGCAGCUGGAGGCUCGAGCGAAGGAGGCCGAGAAGCGAGCCCAGCAGGCGUCUCUCGUGGCCGAGGAGAGGGCCAAGGAGAAGGCUCAGCGCGCCACCCAGAGCCGCCAGGAGAAGGAGCGCCUCCAGAAGCUCAACAGGCAGCGCGUGGCGGAGGAGGAGAAGCAGAGGCGCACGGAGCUGCUGCAGUCCAUCGAGAGGAAGCUGGAGAAGAGCGAGCAGAUCUUCCGAGAGAAGAGGGCGGUGCUGGAGAGCGCUCGCUCCGUGGCCCGCGCCUCGUUCCACGUGCGAGACAAAGUGCGGGAGGAGACCAACAUGCGUACGUUUGAUAAGAUGAACCUGGAGGCGCAGCUGAAGGCCUGCAUGGGCGAGAAGUGAACCCAGCGUGUCGGCGUGAACUCUCUGCUCCUGUGCUUGACCUUCGUUAUGACCCUCAUCACCCAACAGCUCUACCCUCCUCUUCCUCCUCCUCACCCCCACAGUGUUACUUUGUCCUGACAUAUCUUUACCCAUCAGCUGCUUUGAUUACAUUUUGAUCAUUUAUCUAUCAAAGCAAACCAAAUCAUUUUGUAUCGUGGAUGAAAGGAGACUCAGACUCUAGAGCCCGUGUGGGAACCCAGUAGACUUCAUGUUAGACGAGAGUGCAGAGACUCUCUUUCUCUUUGCUCUCUACUUUGUCUCUCAGCUACCGAAUGAAAAGAAUCUUUGUUUACCAGGAAGCACAAGUCCAUGACAACUGCAGGGGCUUUUAAGGAAGCACUCCUGUGAGGGGAAAUUAAGCCGAAGAAGAAAUCAAAAGCAGAAGAAAGACGGCUCCAGAGCCCUGAAGCAACAAUGAGGGAUCCGUAUUUUUUAUAAACAAGAAAUAAAGCCCCAGGUCGACAAUCCAGCACAGGAAGUCCAUGUGCACGAGCAUCAGAGGACAGUGGCUCCUGCCGCGGAACCACUCUUCCUCCCUCUCAUCUUCGUCAAGUGCUACGAUAAACAGUGAAGUGCUCUGAGAGACGAGCCCCCCCCCCCACCACCACCCCCUUCACAGUGGAUCAGACACCAGCAGCUGCCUGGUGCCCGGACCAAGGUCAACAGGUACCAGUGAUUAUUUCCUUCCUCUGAUGGUUUGUUACGCUGCCAUGGCCUUCAGCACACGAAGUAGAAUUACACACAGACACACACACAGACACACACGGAGAUUACCAGAAACAUGACCCCUGGAACCACCGGGGGUCGACCGGCCCAGGGGCAGAAGAAAAGCGUCACUAACAAACACUCAAGCCGAGUUUAACAGAGCUCCGGCUGCACUAAUCCUACAUCUCUCAGAUUGAAAAAAAAAAAAAGAGGGCGAUGCACCCGGUGAUGGAGCUGUUGCCAUGGCGAUAGAGAUGGGAUAGAGCAGCAGGAGGUGGAUGAGACUGCGUGGGAAUAUUACACGA